AUGAGAAAAUUGACCCACAAUCUAAAAAAAUACCUGAAGGUGGGAUCAGCGGAUGACUACUACCGAAUGCCGAAACUGUUCCAGUAUGAUGACUACGAUGAAUGUUUCGCUAUUACCAAUGUAACUGACCCCGCCUACUGUGUCGUUCGAUCCGUCAUCAAACCGAACGGCGACUCAGAGCUUUGGUCCUUGAUUCAGGUAAUAUUGUGUCGCCAGUCCAGCGCUGUAAAAUCAGUUGAGCGACAAUGGAUUUUUCUCAGAGUAGAUCGUGGUUUGUGCGUUGAACGCUGCCAACGGUUGGUGUUCUCGCUUAGCGAUGACGAAUUAGAACAAUUGUACGUCAAGAAGUUCGAGAUUAACUUUCCUUAUAUUGUAGAUUUUGGAGCUUUCGGAAACAUUUCCAACGAUCGCGCCCGUUACGGAAGGUUGAUGAACAUCUGUGUCAACUAUCAACUGAACCGAACCUACGGUUUGAAAGCCUAUACGGAGAUUGAAUACUGUACUCGGCCGAUGCCCGUAGACAGUCCGCUGCUAAAUUGGUUCUAUGGUAUAACGCUGACGCUGAUUCUAUUGGUCAUUUCGUCUAGCAUUUAUGAUACAAUCAUCAAUGAAGAUCGUACCGAUACCCAUUACAUCAGCGAUCCACCUCAACAGACAAAAUUGCUUCUUACGUCCUUCUCCAUCAGGCGCAACUGGUGUCGGUUGACGAAACACUCCCAAAAUCAGCUCAGCGAUGAUUUCCGUUUCAUCCACGCCAUUCGGUUCUGCUCCAUGGUGCUGAUCUUCUUCGCCCACGGUGCAAACUGUGUGUUGCAACUGAACUUGAUGAACCCGAUAGAUCUGGAACGGAGCAAACACAGUUACGGAUUCAUCACUCACAUCAAUGGGGAUCUGUUAGUGCAAACGUUCUUCAUGAUCAGUGGACUGUUCCUGAGCCUACACUUCUUGGAGCAACACGGAAAAUCCAAGCGAAAGAUGAGCUGGUGGGUCGUUCCGGUCGUAACGCUGUAUCGGUACACUCGAUUGACUCCCGUAUACGCGUACGUCCUUUUGCUAUACUCAGUGUGGCAGCCCACCAUGUUCGAUGGACCACUGUGGCCUAGGGGGGUCAACACCGAUCAAUACUACUGCAAAGAAAACUGGUGGCUCAAUCUGUUAUACGUCAACAAUUACGUAAAACCUGAUCAACCGUGCAUUCAACAUACGUGGUUCCUAGCGUGUGAUUUUCAAUUGUACCUUUUCGGAAUUAUCGUUUUAGUAGCAAUCACGAAAUACCCAAAACUGCAAAAAUUGAUAUUCACGCUAGGGUCCCUGAUCGCUGUGAUAAGUCCAGCCUACGUUAUCUACACUGAAAAAUUGGACAGCAUAUUCCUCGAGCGUUUGCAGAUUGCACGGUUUUUCAACUUUUUCUCCAAGUUCUACAAGCUCGUCUACUUACCGUUCCACACUAAUAUGGUUGCCUUCUUCGGUGGAUUGAUCGUUGGAGUGCUCUAUAUCCGUUACCGGAAGGAUUACCCCAAAGGAAUCCGAGCUUGGCUUCUAUGGAACUUCAUCGUUCCGUUGUCCUACUUCUUGAUGAUUUCCACUCGGCCCCUAUACAACGACUAUCCGAAACCGUCCCUUUGGCUGGCUGCCCUUAAUCCACUGCUUCAGCUAACCUGGCUUGCGUUUGCCAUUUGUUUUUUCUACGGACUGCUGUACAACUUCUAUGGUCCAAUUAAACAGUUCCUCAACUACCAGGCCUUCAUUCCGCUGGGCCGGCUAAGCUACUGUGCCUACAUGGUUCACAUAUUUGUGCUGAAGUAUCUACUGUUCGGUUCCAAGAAUCCGAUUCACUCUGACGGCCCGAUGUUGUAUUCGACCCUAAUAUCAACGGUUGUCAUAGCCUACUCCAUUGCAUCGUUUUUAGCGCUAGCGGUAGAAUUUCCAGCGUCAGCCAUUCAGAAGUACAUGUUAGUGAAACAAAAUGAUGGAGUAUUAGACCGUAUCGAAGUAUGGGAGAAGUUGCUUAUCGAGAGGGUUACUCUCGUGAUGUGGAGCUACGCUGCGAUCAGUACGCUUGCCAGCAACUUCAGCAACGCAUCAGGGCCUGAUCAGACUCAUGCUGCUGAACGUUGCUCUUCGGCUUUUUGGAGCGUUGAAGCAGCGGAACGAAAAGCCAUGAAGCUGCAAGUCGAGAAAAUUAUUCUCGUGAUUGGUAGCUGCGCUGCGGUUAGCGUGCGCAAGCUUUUAUCCGACGGUUGGAAGAUGUUUCGGGUGCUUCGGAGGAGGUGGUUUCGGCGACGGUUAGUCGCUAGCGCAGUCAACCAGUUCUUGCUGCAGAUUCCAGCCGAGAGUGCAGAUUCUCGAAGUCAUCGCGAAAUGAAGGCUUUGAGAGGGAACGCGAAGAAAGUGGUAAGAGGUUGUUUAUCUUGGGUUACCAGAAAACAACGUUCGAGAAAGCAAUAUGCUUUUCGUUCGCGUGCUGGGGUUAUCAACCGGAAUCAACGAAUCAUCGGUUCCGGUGCCAGUCAGCGUAUGGCGCGAGACGAGAGCGACUACGAGAGUAGUGAUGACGAAGAUGACGAUGACGAUCAAGAUUCCGUUAAUCUAGCACCAACUCUGAGACGCAGUCAGCGAAUCUGA